UCGCUUCGGAAGCCUGCAUUCCAUUUCCCUGUCCUCUCCGUCGAUUGCAUUUCAACUUGCCCAUCAUACGCAGUGACCGCGCGUACUGUACAACGGACCUGUGAACUACUACAACACAAGAAACGGCAACCCGUCAACUACCUGUUCCGCAUGUCAGACCCGAUCCCAAGCGGUCAACCCGCCAAACACGAAACCAACGAUACGGUACCAAGCGACCAUUCACCAGUCACCAAUGAAGAAAUACCUUCCGCCAAGGAAACACCUGUACAACAACAUAGCACUAGUCAUGUUGCAAGUGACACCAAGGAAGCGAAUGGUCUAGGUAACGGCAACGAGGCGGAAGCAAAUCAGCAACAAGACGGAGAGAAGACUGUCGUAUCAAGCUCGGGCACAAACAAAAAUGUUGAGGGGAACGACCAGGAAAGAGACGAGCCAGAGGACGAGUCCAAAUACCUCUCUGGAUACAAACUCGCUAUAUUGUCACUGGGCCUCUGCCUCACCACUUUUGUCAUCGCUCUCGACAAUACAAUCAUAGCAACCGCUAUUCCAAAAAUCACUACCGUAUUCAACAGUCUCAACGAUGUUGGCUGGUACGGUUCUUCGUACCUCCUCACCACUUGCUCUCUUCAGCCUUCGUUUGGCAAAGUUUACACCUACUUUGACGUCAAGUAUACAUACCUGUUCGCGCUGUUGCUAUUCGAAGUUGGUUCAAUAAUAUGCGCCGCAGCCACUAGCUCACCCAUGUUUAUUGUCGGACGUGCAGUUGCAGGCGCAGGGGCUGCAGCACUCUUCUCUGGCGGAAUGACCAUCAUCGGGUAUUCGGUGCCCCUACGGAAAAGAGCCAUAUACAUCGCCGCGCUCUCGUCCAUGUUUGGUAUUGCGAGUGUCGUUGGGCCAAUCCUUGGUGGAGCACUUACCGACAAGGUAUCAUGGCGUUGGUGCUUUUGGAUUAAUCUCCCGUUUGGAGCAGUCUCCCUGGCCGUCGUCUUCUUCUUUUUCACCAAUCCAGAAAGGCAGUACAGUCACAUGUCUGUCAAAGACCGAAUCAAGAAGAUCGAUCUCUUGGGUGCCGUGUUUCUCAUAUGUGCUAUUGUGAGCUUGCUUCUGGCUCUUCAAUGGGGUGGACAGACGUAUGCGUGGAAGAACUCAAAGGUAUGGGGCACACUGCUAGGGUUUGGACUUAUAAUCUCGGUUUUCAUUGCCAUCCAGAUAUGGCAGAAGGAUGAAGCGACGAUCCCUGUUCGUGUGUUCAAACAAAGAACGAUCUUGGUCAGCUGUGUCUUCAGUGCUUUACUGUCUAUGGCACUUUAUACCCACAUCUUCUACCUCCCAUUCUACUUUCAAGCCAUAAAGGGCACGACUGCCGAGGAAAGUGGCAUCCGCACAAUCGCAUACCUAGUCUCCGUGACAGUUGCCUCAAUCGUGAUCGGUGGUUUAAUCACGACGAUCGGAAAAUAUGCUCCCUUCAUGUGGCUCGGGAGUAUUAUAUUUACGAUUGGAUCUGGCAUGCUCUACACACUCCAAGUGAACUCCGGUCCCAGCAAAUGGAUCGGCUACCAAGUCUUGACAGGCAUCGGCUGCGGCGCCUCUGUUCAAAUCCCAUUCAUCGCCGUGCAAGUCGUCGCGUCGGAAAAGGACAUGCCAACUGCCAACGCACUGGUAAUGUUCUUCAACAGCCUCGGCGGCGCCAUCUCUCUUUCUAUCGCGCAGAACGUCUUCAUCAAUGGUCUCAUUCGCGAGGUUCCGCGUUAUGCACCGGGGUUGGAUCCUAAGGUCGUGGUUGGGGCUGGGGCGACGUAUAUAAGACUUGUGGUCCCACCAGCAUUUCUGGAGGGUGUGCUCGUGGCGUAUAUGAAAAGUAUUUCUGGUGCCUUUGUGAUCAGCAUUGCCACAGGCGGAAUUGCUGUGUUUGUAGGUUUUGGGAUGGAACGUUUGAGUGUCAAGGGGAAGAACAUUGUAGCGGGAGGAGGCGCUUGA